UGCGGGGCGGAGUGGAGUGGCUGUGGAGGCUGAGGCCGCAGAGCGCGCACGUGCGAUGCCCCAUUUGUUCCUCUGCAGUAGCUGCUGGCCGACCUGGCCGUGGCCUUCAGAUCUCAGCAGCGACUCUGCUGCCCUCCCGCCUGACAGCCGCUUUGUGCUCUGCCCUCAGUCUGUCCCGCUGAGGGACCUGGCCGGGUGACCGCAGCGCACUUUAUUAGCAGUUCUCGCUGGGUCUUACCCCGUCACGGUCCUGACUCCUCAGAACCAAAACAAUUACAUGAAGGAGGAAGUUUCAAGAUUGCAGCAUUAGCAUUUCUGGGGACAGCUUUGAUUGAAGAGUGAGGUUUCUGAAUAAGCAUUUAGAGCAGGCCUGGAAGACCCCACGGCAGAGCAUCCCAGUGACCAGCUAUUUUCCAAGAACAGAAGAAAAUGAUCCAGUCCCAGCCAUUGCCACGAGAGAUUCGUUUUCAUUUGUGUGGUGUGCACUGAUCUUGAGUAGAAAAACAGGUUAUUUUCUGUACUGCUAGAACAAUGCACUCUGAUCUUCUCCAGAAGGAACUGGGAUUUGAUGUGAUCUGCCUCCUCCAGACUGUUCUCAGUGAGUCGCUGACGCUGGAGGAUGUGGCCGUGAAGUUCACCUGGGAGGAGUGGCAGCUCCUCGCCCCUGCUCAGAAGGACCUGUAUUGGGACGUGAUGUUGGAGAACUGCAGGAACCUGGUGUCCGUGGGGUGUCAAGCCAGCAAGCCUGAUGCCCUCUCCAAGUUGCUAGGAGGAGAACCGAGGACAGUGGAAGAUGCAAUCCGUGAGGCAAACAGUCCAGAAAUCUGGGAAAUUGAUGAUCAUCUACUAAAACUCUUACAGAGAGAAAGCAAGGUGAACAGGAUGGAACAGUGGCAUGAACACAGUGCCUUUGAAAAUUCUGUUCAUCAGCACAGAGCUCAAUUUCUACUAAGGCAAAAGCAUGGUAUAUUUAACUUACAUGAAAAAAGUAUGAAACCAAACUUACCUUUGGUUGACCAGAGCAGACACUGUGAAAUAAAGAACUUUGCUGAGAUUUCUAGAAAUGGGGAAUCCUUUCUCCAUGUUUCUUGUGAACAAUUUCAUACCGAAAUUAAAUUCCCUGCAAAUGGAAAACUCAUCAGCACUAAAUCUCAGUUCACUCGUCCCAAGCCUCAGAAUACUCAAAAAGUAGAGAAACCUCAUGUAUGCAGUGACUGUGGGAAAGCCUUCAUCAAGAAGUCUUGGCUGACUGAUCACCAGAUCAUCCACACUGGUGAGAAGCCCCAUAGAUGUCAUCUGUGCGGGAAAGCCUUCUCCAGGAAGUUCAUGCUCACAGAACACCACAGAACCCACACAGGUGAGAAACCUUACAUAUGCACCGAAUGUGGCAAAGCCUUUCUCAAGAAAUCACGGCUCAACAUACACCAGAAGACUCACACUGGAGAGAAGCCCUAUAUAUGCAGCGAAUGUGGAAAGGGCUUCAUCCAGAAAGGAAACCUCAUCGUUCAUCAGCGAAUUCACACAGGUGAGAAGCCUUACACAUGUGGUGAGUGUGGGAAAGGCUUCAUCCAGAAGACCUGCCUCAUAGCUCAUCAGAGAUUUCACACAGGGAAGACUCCCUUUGUGUGCAGCGAAUGUGGAAAGUCCUGUUCACAGAGGUCGGGGCUCAUCAAGCAUCAAAGAAUUCACACGGGAGAGAAGCCCUUUAAAUGCAGCGAGUGUGGGAAAGCCUUCACCACAAGGCAAAAGCUCAUUGUCCAUCAAAGAACUCACACAGGAGAGAGGCCCUAUGGCUGCAGUGAGUGUGGGAAGGCUUUUGCAUACAUGUCUUGUCUGGUUAAGCACAAGAGAAUACACACAAGGGGAAAACAGGGAAAUUCAGGCAAGGUGGAAAACCCCACAGACGGAGACAGCUCAUUGCAUACCUGUGAUGACCACCAGGAGAAGAGCCCUGUUAACACACUGACUACUCAGGUGCCUUCUGAGGCCCCUCAGACAGCAGUGAACGUCAGUGGGCUCCUCACUAACAGGAAUUUGGUCUUUGGGGGACAGCCAGUGGCCAGAUGUACACCCUCAGGGGACAGCAUGGAAUUCACACAGGAGAGAAACCUCACAAAUGCAGUGAACAUGGUUGUGCCCCCAGUGAUAAAUUAUGUAUUAUAUUAUGUCACAGAAAACCCAUAGGGAGAGGCUCAGAUUUA